AUUGCAAUCAUUAGUUUAUUUCUGUUAGUAAUGUCAUAAUUCUUAUGAUUUUAAGCAAUAAAUCAUAAAAUGGCGAGUUUUUCUCGUGUGCCUAUGGUGGACGUGCAUUCAGACAACAUGUCAGAGGUUUGGCCGUCGAUCAUAAUGGCCAUGUCAAACGCAGAUUUCGUUGCUGUUGAUACUGAGCUGAGCGGCCUUGGGGACAGAAGAAGGCUUAACGCAAAGGCCAUUGAGGAAAGGUACAGCAAUAUCUGCGAAGUUGCGAAGACACGAUCAGUUCUCUCCCUUGGCUUAUCCUGCUUCAGGGGCCUGACUUCGAGUAACCUCAACAGCCAAUCACAGGCCAGCAGCUACAUUGUACAGACUUUUAACAUCCUUUUUCUCUGUGAAGAUGACUUUCUUGUGGAACCAAAGUCUUUGAAAUUCCUUGUUCAACAUGGCUUUGAUUUUAAUAAGCAGUUUGCAAAAGGAUUGUCCUACUACAGGGGAUUGGAUAAGGAGAAAGACCACUCUUUCAAGACUCCAAGACAACUGUUUGCAGAGUUACUCUCCAUGAAAGUACCUGUGGUUGUUCACAAUGGACUGGUUGAUCUUAUCUUUCUGUACGAAAACCUCUACACCAGUCUGCCAGCCAGUUCUGCGACGUUUCUGGCAGAUCUGGUGGACAUGUUCCCGGGAGGUCUACUGGACACGAAGUACAUUACGGAGUUUGAACAUCUCAUGCCAGCCUCCUAUUUGGAAUAUGUCUUCAGAAAAUGCCAGAAAGACCAAUGUGGUGAUGAAGUGGGAAGUUGUGUUAUCCACCAUCCACAUUUCCUGCCAUCAUAUAAACAUGUGACGUAUCGAGAUUGCUCCCUCAAACCGGCCUACAAUAUCGCAGACAAUCCAGCAGCUUAUAGGAAUGGACUUUGCCCAUCUUUUGCUGGCCAUGGUUGGUGUGCAAAGGAGAAGUUCUGUCCAAAAUCGCACGACAUUGACCUAGUUAUCGACAUGGACAAAUAUACAGAGGGAAAGAAGUCACGUAAACGGAAACGGAGACAAGAAAAUAAGGGAAAACGUGCAGCCAUAGACCAGUCCCAGGAUGAAUUAGCUGCAGACGACAAUGCAUUUAGGGAAAAGCAUGCAGCUUUGAAGCAGUCUAAAGACACAUCACUUUCAGAUGACAGUGAAAAUGAAUCAAGCGAAACAAACAGGAUUGAAGCAGAAGAUACAGAAAACAAUGCAAAGAAAGUAUCAGAAGAGGAAAUUAUGAAAAUGUUAAAGGAGAAAUCUCUGAACCAGUCUAAUGAUGUGAAUGGGGGACACAGGGCUGGCUAUGAUGCUUUCAUGACUGGUUUUAUAUUCGCUGUUUACAAGAGACGGUAUUGCAAUGGUGAAAGUAGAGAUCAUGUUCAAGACUGGAAAAACAAGUUGUACCUGUGUGGCAAGGAUUAUCCACUGGUUGUUACCAAGAGUAGUUUCAGUAAACAGUCAAAACACCACUUGGAGCAGAUGAGUAGAAUACACCUUACUGUUGUAUAGUGUAUGCUGGUAUUAAACAUUGUUGAAAAUGUGUCUAGGAUUUAAAGAGUGUCUGUUUUUGGACGAUCAGUGUCUAGGUAUUGUCAUAGCCUUGAUGUUGUUAGCGACAGUGUUUCCUAAAAUGCAAACACAUACCGUUCAAGAUAUUGAAAACUUGGUUCACAUGUUGCCAAUAUGCACAUAAAUUGGAAGGGAAAUAAUUAAAGUUUUAAUAAAUGUUUUGUUAAGCCCCAUGUUCAACCGAGACUUCCCCCUCCCCCCCAACCCCCCCCCCCCCCCAAAAAAAAAAAACAACAACAAAAACAACAUCAACAACAGGUAAAGCAUUGGCGUUCUCUAUGCAGUGCUUUUGUUCAUUUGAAAGCUCAAAACAUACUCAUAUUUAACAUAAUGUGUAAGGUAUGUAUGCUGAUAUGAAUUAUGUUUUAGUCCGUGCCAUCAGUGGAAACUAGUAAUAAUAGUGUUUAUAAAGAGGUCACGAGGAAGCGCUCCUGGUAGGGCACAAACUUUGCACCCAUUGGGUGAGAGGUGGAUACCUUAUCAAUGGACCCUCUACCCUUGGUGUGUAAUCACUAAAGCCUUGAGUCGGAGUUUGACACUCACACUUGAAAAAGCAAAAUUGACAUUUUGUUGUAAAAAUGCUAUUACAGAAAGAAAGAUGUUAAAAAACAAGGUAUUUGUUACAAAUAAUCUGUUAUACAAUCAGCCACACAUUAUUUGUCAAUAUUAGUUUUAAUUUAUAUGUUUUGAAACAUUUAAGAAUUCAUUGUUUUAAGCCCGAGUCCUAAACUCCUACUGAAGACGUUUAGUCAAUAUGGGCCCUGUUGUUAAUCUCUUGUACAACACUAUACUGUUCUACAUGAGGUAUUACACUGCACUUUAUUGUAAUUUGUUGACUAGUGAUGUGCAUCUUGCAGACUUAUUUAAUAUCUUAUUACUAUUAGUCCACCAAAAGACAUUUGAACAAGAGGAAUUAAUCAAAUGUCAUGUGCAGGCUGUUGUGUUUUGCAAAUGCUGAACAAUUUUAAAUUUGAUGACCAUGCACAUUCAAUUAACCUCAAUUCUGUAAUUUACAAUAAUAUAGUUAUACUGUAUUUAGAAAUCCUGAUUAAUAUUCAUAUCAACUAAUUUUGUGGUUAAUGUAUGGUUUUUAAAUGUCAAUAAAGAUUUUUUGUCACUGAAAUACUGGAUGGAUAUGUUGUAUCAAGCAUUUGAACAGUAAAAAAGAAAAGACAAUGUGUCUUGUGCAAUAAUUUGAGCAUUAUGGGAUGCUGCAUUUAUACACUUAGCUAGAGUAUCUAUGUCUGGGUUGUAACUUUGUCAUGCACAGAGAGAUUUAAAAAUUAAUUGACACAUGUGCUUGGUACAUAAAGGUGAUUUGACGAGUGCAAGAGUAUAUUGUUGAAAAUUUUCAGCAUGAUGGAAAAUUAAUUCGGUCAGGAUUUGUUGUAAUCCAUACACAAUGCUUUUGAGUCAUGCUGCCAUAGAUAAGAAGUUAAAAUCCUUUGUAGAUUGUUUCCUAGACAAUAUAACAUAUUUGUCUCUGUGCUGAAGAAAACAACAACUCACUUACCAGCAAAUUUCCUGAACCCGUUGAAUAAAAUAGUGUUUUAUAUGUUAAUUUCUGGCAUAUCCUAUAUGUUUGGUUAUGACCUACAUGAAUAUAAAUGUUACAUAAGUAUACAGCCAAUAUGGGGAUUACAAAGAUAUACUUGUAUAUCAACAAAUUUUUGUUAUGUCUGUAAAUAUUGUAUACCGUUUUUUGUGUCGCUGGAAGUGGAGACAUAUAGCCUGAUAUAGGUUUUACUUUUGGCAUCUAUUGCAGGGUCAGCAAAACUUUGUGCAGACAUUUGUUAUCUUAUAAUGAUGAAACUUGGAGACAGUAGUAGUUUAAUGUCUCUGUCACGUUUGAUCAUGGGCCUGAUAGCCUCAGUGACCCCCGCAGACUUUCUUAUUGUUAAAGGGUAUCAUAAUCAGACAUUCUCAUUUGUACUUCAAUGUUUUGCUCUCUAUUACACCCCCUUUAAAGAAGAUGGGGCAUAUUGGUUUUAAAAUGGUGUUAGUUCUGUUGGAUGGUUGGAAGAUGUUCAAAAAAUAUAUCUUAAACAGUUUUAUCUAGGACCAUUAACCUCCACCAGAAGGUUGCCCUAGACCAGUCGAUGAACCCUAUUGGUUUUGAGGUUUGUAGGUCAAAUAAAUACUUUUUUUGGAAAAUGGUCUUCAGAACUAUGACACAGUUUAGCCAAGGACCAUUAAUCUAAAACAGUAUGUUGCCCUUGACCAGUAAUUGACCUGUAUUGAUUUUGCUGGUCAACAUGUCAAAGGUCAAGGUCACAGGUUACUUUUUUUGGUAAAAUUUUCUUUGUACAAUAACUCUUAAAAGGUUUUACACUGAACUAUGAUCAGUAGAUGACCCAUUCUAAAAUUGAGGUCAGUUGGUUAAAGGUCAAAGUCAUGUUGACCUUAAUUCAAUCACUGGUGUUUGCUUGAUAUAUAGAAAACAUGUUUCUAUGAUCCUAAACCUUGGAAUAUUGCUCAUGAACAGUAGACGACCUCUAUUAAAUUUGAGGUCAGUAGGUCAGGUAUGAAGAUCAAGGUAUCUCUCCGUAUAAAUACACCUGGCAUCAAAACAAGAUGGAUAUGGAUGGUCAUUUCUGACAGAAAACAUGUCCAAUUUAGCGGAAUUCUAGUUGCUUUAAGAGUGGAAAGUCAAGGUCACAGCCAUCAUAAACACUUUAAUACAAUCCAGCACAUGUUUCUUACAAAGAGGGGUUCAGGAGGCAUAUUAUUUUAAACAAUAUCUGUUGUUUGAUCUUAACUUUUUUGUAUAUGUUGCAUUUGUGAUUUAGUGCAAUCUCUGCCCUUCAUGCAUAAUUUGAAAUGUUCUCUCUAAUUUCUGAGAAAAAUAAAGCAAUUCUAGAUGAC